CCCGGCCCCCGGCGGCCCGAGGACGAGCCGCCUCCCACCGCCGCGGCCGCGGUCUCCGCCUCGGGGGCACCGCCGGCCCGGGGCGACGACGAGGAGCGGGACGGCGCCCAGGACAAGGGCAAGAGCUCGGGCCCCAGUGCCAGGAAGGGCAAGGGGCAGAUCGAGAAAAGAAAGCUGCGCGAGAAGCGUCGCUCCACCGGCGUGGUCAACAUCCCCGCGGCAGAGUGCUUAGAUGAAUAUGAAGACGAUGAAGCAGGGCAGAAAGAGCGGAAACGAGAAGACGCAAUUACACAACAGAACACGAUGCAGAAUGAAGCUGCCAGCUUAUUAGAUCCAGGCAGUUCUUAUCUGCUACAAGAGCCAUCUAGAACAGUUUCAGGCAGAUAUAAAAGCACAACUACUGCCUCUGAAGAAGAUGUCUCAAGUAGAUAUCCCCGAACAGAUAGAAGUGGGUUCAGCAGAUAUAAUAGGGAUGCAAAUGCUUCAGGUAAUUUGGUCUCAAGUAGCAUGUUGGAAAAGAAAAUUGAAGAUCUUGAAAAGGAAGUAGUAAGAGAAAGACAAGAAAACUUAAGACUUGUGAGACUAAUGCAAGAUAAAGAGGAAAUGAUUGGAAAACUCAAGGAAGAAAUUGAUUUGUUAAAUAGAGAUCUAGAUGACAUAGAAGAUGAAAAUGAACAACUAAAGCAAGAAAAUAAAACUCUUUUGAAAGUUGUUGGUCAGCUAACAAGGUAG